CUUUUUUUUUCUUGCUCUCUCUCUCAUUACGGAUACUAUUACCGUGCUUGGGCUCAGCAAUCGAGACUCGACGCUCGCACUCCUCCUUCUCCCACGCAUGCUUCUUCGGCUAUCUACCGUCCUUGCUCCCUCUCUUGCUCCUUGACCCAAACACGACAAAAGGUACCUCAAACCACUGGGUUUACCAACUGACUGACAUAUCGACGCCGCAAUUAGAACGGGGCCACUCAGAAGCUGACUGCUGAAUCACAGUCUAGAGUACACGCUACCUUACACCAUCCCGCAAUUCUUGUGGCACUUGCUCUCCUUAAUCAGGCCUUCUUUCUUCCUGUCUUCUCGCAGAUCCAACCGACUAUCGAUCUAGUCGAGCCACUUUAAACCUUCGCCAGCAGCAGCACAAGCACCACCCAUCAGCACCACCACCCACCCCCAGUCCCUCGUCCUUGUCCCUCAUUCGUCGUCAUAUUUCCGGCGGCCCUGGCCUUCGGCAACCCUUCUCCUUCUCUUCGAACUCUAGAACUUCGACACUUCCACUUCUAUUCUCUUGCAUCCCGCAUCCCUAGCUAUUUCGCUGAGAGUCCCGCCACCCAUCUGGACGAGGAGAACACCCCCGAACCUUUUUCUUCAACUCUGCCAAUCUGGACGCAUUCCAGCAGAUCCAUCCCUCUACCUAGCAAUCCCCCGACGUUGGAAGCCUGUCGGCAGCUGGAACAGAGACCUGCUGCUCGCAGAUCCGAACCACGGCUGAACACUUCAACCCCCAAACCGCUCACCCACUCGCGCUCGCCUGCUUCAACCGACAUUGCUGUCGUUUCCCGCCAACUCUAGCUAAAGGAAGCCUUCUCGCGAAGCUGCCAAAGAGCACAAAGGCAUCACUCGACACUAGAACCGAUCCCAGAUAGCCACCCAAACCCCAUACCUCCUGCGAUAGACCUAUCCUAUUGUCGUCCUCUGCGCGCAUCGCUGCAGAACCCGCCCGCAUCGCCUAUACCGUUCUGCGAAGCCAUGAGGUGAGACAAGCCCCUCAACCAUUUCCUCAAACCCACCGCGACCGCCCUCGAUACCGCUCCAACUCUUUCUCCUGUCUUCCCUGCCAUUCCCCAAACCGCGUUCACCUCGCAAUUUAUUGCGCCCUUGUCUCUAGAGCUAACCGGAUUCUUGCGUCUUACAGAGGGGAUGGCCACAGUGACUGAGAGUCCGCAGAGAGCUCCUCUGCCUGCUAACGGUCAUGCCGAUCUGAUUCCGAAUCGCAUUGUACCUAUCCCAACCCCGACCCCGACCAUCCAAAUGUCUGCUCCAUCUCCCGGUGAGCCUAUGGAGAUCACCUCCUCCAACAACGCCAGCACGACCUCUCCUUCGAGCAAGCACAACGAUACGGAUGCCAACGGCGCAUCCAAGCACACGUCGCCUACAGACCAAUCUGCGAACAACUCGAUCGCCAUGCCCGCCGCGCCCGCAGCUGCGGCCGCGGCUGUGCACCAGCCAAAGAUUGUGCAGACAGCUUUCAUACAUAAGCUGUACAGCAUGCUGGAGGACCCAAGCAUACAGCAUCUGAUAUCAUGGUCAGCGAGUGCUGAAAGCUUCGUUAUGUCACCGUCCGCGGACUUUUCCAAGGUUCUAGCACAAUAUUUCAAACACACCAACAUAUCCUCUUUUGUCAGGCAAUUGAACAUGUACGGGUUUCAUAAAGUGAGCGACGUUUUCCACACGACAAAUCCCGAGACCGCUUUGUGGGAAUUCAAACAUGGAAACGGCAAUUUCAAGCGAGGCGACCUGGUUGGACUCCGUGAAAUCAAACGGCGAGCUUCACGUCAUGCUCUUGUUCACCGGGAGUAUCCCAACUCAAAGCCCAGCCCUUCGCAACCCGGAACGCCUGCGGAACCGAUGCCUCCCCCAAGCGACGGCUCCGAGAUGCGCAUGCCUGGGCUCGAGCAUACGCUGUACGACCUUAGCAUGCGACUCCAGAGAAGUGAAGAGAAUGCCCAUUACAUGCAUAUUAAGCAGCAAGCAGUGAUGGAGACAAUGUCACGGCUCCUCCAAUUCAACCAAGAGUUGUCUAGGACGGUGCUCAGUCUCGUCCCUAGUCCCGACAACCCAGUGCACCGGGAUGUUCUCAAUUUGCAAUCGGAAAUGGCAAGACAGGCCGAGAUGCUCCGAACUAUUGAUGAUCCCCAGGAAUCGCCAUUCUCAAGCAGCCGAGCAUACUUCACCAACGUGGAGAAUGCACCGGUUUCGCCGCGGCAGCUACCCCAAGAUGACCCGAGACGAAAUGCGAAUCUUGCUGUUCCCCAGCCCAGAGGGCAGAACUUCUACCGACCUCCUGUGCCUUCGAAUCUCUCGAUCAGCACGCGAAGACCCUAUGGCUCGAUUGGCGGUGGUUCGGUUGGCGGCAGUUCAGUGCCACAGGCCUCAUCUCCCUUGCGGGGGGCGCCACCUCCGCCUCCUCCGGGGCCGCAUCCCUUGGCCCAGGUUGAGCCGCCUCCUGGAAGUCUAGCAAGACGUCACACAUCGGCUGAUAUACGGGCACACGGGUGGCAGCCCAGUGCCCCGCCGCCGUUUGCUUCAGGGCCUCCAUCAGGACCGCCUUCCGGACCUUGGCCAUCUUCGCCAAGUCGACUCGCGCCGGAGGACCAGCGCCUGAGGGAGUCGCUGUCCACCUACUCACUGCAAAACGCGACCCAAGUACGGCCUCUAUCGCGACCGACCACACCUCCUGGCGCACCCUUCUCGAAUGGUGGUGGUGGUGGGGAUACCUUUGGCAACUGGUCGUGGAACUCGGCCAACCGGGACAACAAGAAUCUAGCUAUCAGGGAUCAUUCAGGACCACCCACGCGUCGCGGAAGUAUGGCGCAUAUCCUCAACCCGACUGACACAGCUGAACGAGACGACGAGGAUGAGGAUCCCCGAGGCGACGAUGAUCGGAAGCGUAAGCGUAUGCAGUGAGCACAGCAAUUGCCUCCUUCAGGGUCGUCCGGUGGAUCCUUAUGCAUGGCACACUCCUCGGACGCGUGCCCGUACAUUUCUAUAUCAGAUAGACACAUCUAUCCGAUGAUUUCCUGGAAAUAUUUCUUUCCUUGUAUAGAAGAAAGGGGGAUCAUACUCAGAUCAGUACACGAUCUGCACAGAUGCAUAUCUACAACCAAAAUUUCCAGGCUCAAGACCCGAUACACACACGAAGCCAACGGCCACUACAUAAUACGAUUCACCGACGGUCAAUCUCGACUUCCAACCGGAUUUCUCAAUCGUCAAAAAGUUCAACAUUGAUAUCAACCAUGUGUUUUUUACUGCAUCACGGCCGACCUGCGUGAAGCAACAACAUACUAUAAACUAGCAACCCUAGUAAUUCAGCGUCACAAUGGCGUCUCAUCGAACAGAACAAGUGCGAAUCCCACAUCUCUUUUCACAUUAUUCACUCUCGGAUGGAGGCUGUGUGUUUGCGGUCGGAGCUCAGGAGACGGGAUACCCAAGGGACGUCAGGCGGCAAGGUUUGUCAAGAUUUGUCCAAAACUGUCCAUAUCGGGGUGUAAUUUGCGACAUCUGCAUUUGGGAUGCGAGAGGAA